GACAAAGGCCGGCUCGAUGCUCGCUGUCGCCGGGUCCUCCUGCUCGUGGGUCCCACGCCGCAGCCCCCUCCCAGCCCAUUCCGUCUGCUCUUGACCUCAUCGUCCGCUGUCCGUUCCGCCGAGCCUCCCGCUGGCCAUCCUUGAAUCUCACCUCUCUCCAGCCACAGCCUUGGCUCUUGCUGUCGCGGCCUGCCUUUGCCUGAUUGCAUCGAUUCUCCCCCACUCCUCGACACAUCCGCCCCAUGCCCUCCGAAGCCGAUCCGCUGCUGCCUCCCCAGCUGCCCGCUGACGACUGGGUCGAAGAAGGUGUCCCGGCCUCGCACCCUGCCUCUCGAAGUGGUGUCGGCCAGACAGUCACCGAGGCCCUCUACCACAUUGUCUGCAUCAUCGCCGGAUCAGGUGUCCUCCAGUUGCCGUUCAGUCUGAACCAGGCUGGCUGGGUUGGCCUGUUCUUCGUCGUUUUUGCGGGCAUAGCGAACCAUUACUCGGGUAUUCUCCUUGUCAAGUCCCUCUACUACAAUGGCUCGGUGCGGCUGAAGAGCUACCCGCACGUUGGAUAUGCCGCCUUCGGAUCGGUUGGCAAGCGACUUGUCGAGCUGCUCAACAGCGUCAUGCUGCUUGGCGUCACUUGUGUAUACCUCAUCCUGGCCGGAAUGAAUCUUGAGCUGCUCCUCGGCAUCUACAGUACCAAGACCUGGAUCAUCUUGUGUGGGCUCAUCGUCGGCAUUCCCUUCCUGUAUUUCCGGACGCUCAAGGAAAUCGCCAUUUUCAGCGCCUUCGGCGUCUUUGCAACCAUCCUGGUCAUUGGCGUUGUGCUCUGGCACUCUGUCGGAGACUAUCCCGUCUACGAGGGCCGAGUGACGCAUAAGGUCUUUGAUUUCUCAAUGCUGCCGUCAGCGCUCGGAUCCAUCAGCUUCUCGUAUUCGGGCAACUAUGUGUACCCCGAGGUCGAGGCUUCAAUGAGAGAGCCAGAAAAGUUCCCGCGCGUGCUCACUCUGGCCAUGAGCGUCAUCACAGCCAUGUACAUCGUUACUGGUGCCGUUGGGUACUUGACAUAUGGAAACCUCACGGUGUCCCCAAUCCUCAACAAUCUGCCCAAAGGCUUCCUAUCAACGUUUGCCAUCGCCGUCAUCAGCGCCCACGUUCUCCUGGCUUGCCCCGUGAUGCUCACGACCUUUGCCCUCGAAACCGAGCGCCAUCUCAAAGUCGAUGAGCUCGAGCUCAGCAGCUCCCAAAAGUCGACUCGCAUCGCCCUAAUUCGCGGCGGCAUCCUCGCCGGCGUCACGGUCGUCUCGAUCAUCAUUCCGUUCUUCGCCGACUUUAUGACGCUGCUUGGCGCCGUCGCCAACACCUUCCUGAUCUUUGUCUUCCCGAUCCUCUUUGACUUCCGCUUGUACGGCUUCUGGAACCGUUCUUGGGGCGAGAUCAUCUUUGGCAUCUCAAUCAUCCUUCUGGGAGUCUUUGGAGGCACCGUCGGCGGCUUCGAAGCUGUGAAGGCCCUCUGGAACGACUUCAUCAACAGUCGCUGAAUGCAACGAUGAAUGGACAGUGUGCCGCGGACGAACGAACGACCGGGUGCUCGCCGAAUGAGACGACCCGCUGCCGCCACCGAUGCCUCUGGAGGCUGGUGCACUGGCGAGGACGAUCUCGGACAUGUUUGUGAUGGGCAGCAGCCGUUGCUUGGCCAGUUCUGCAGCACCUUCAGUGCUUUUUGGACGAUGUUAGCACUUGUAUUUCCGACUGGUAUUACCACAGUUCCUGCUCUAUUGGCUGUUGUUUUUUACUUUCUCCCCUAUAUGUUGCCUAUUGGCUUGCCAUUCGAGAGUGGCACUACGCUUUACAAAUGAGAAAAUGUCGUAUCAGA